AUGCCUCACAACCCUCCCAACCCCCCAACCGCCCACACAGAACCAAGCUCAGAAUCAGGGGCAGAAACAACCUCAAGCUCAGACUUCGACUACAUCCCGCCAGCCUCCGGCUACGGUUUCGCCUACGACUCUGAGGUCGAAGCGCGGCACGCCGCGGGCCGCGCUUUACGCGAGAGCCGGGCUGAGCGGGAGAGUACUACUGGAAGCUCAGUUCAGUUGAGGGAGCAAGGAAGUGAGACGUCUGGGGAAACGGGUAGUAGUGGGGUUGAGUCGAACGGGUGGAAUGGUGAGGAAGACGGGGGUAACGUUGCUGAUGAGUCUAGUAACUCUGACGAGUCUAGCAGCGCUGAGGACGGGAGUGAUGUUGGAGGGGGAGCAGAGGAGCAGGUAAGUGUGCAGCAGCAGCAGGUAGGUGGACAGCAGCAACAGCUAAUUCAGCAAUGGGACGAGCGAUACAACCCAGAUCUAGAAGAAGUACCAUUGCUUCGUCCUCCACCUGCUGAUCGUAAUAGCAUUAGCUACAUCACUCCCACGCCGGCUGGCCGCAUUUUGUACACGACGUCGAUUACAGCCACGCUGUCUGGUCCGAGCGGCGUAUUGGCAUUUACGCGAACGCAGCAUGUAGCGCACGGCGAGGAGUGGAUGAUGCACCCGGGCCUGGUGCGUCGGACGUACGCGGACUGGGCCGAGGGUCGGAACCAUGAGUUUCGAGGGCGGAAUCGGGAUCAGGGGUUUGAGGGGAGGGCGUAUGCUGGGGAGAGUGGGGGGGAGGAUGCAUCUGCGGGGGCUCAGCAAGGUGGAGGGGAUGGGGAUGUGGAGGGGGAUGAGGGAGAGGCGAUGGGAGGACAUGCGCAUCACGUGCCGUAUGUGCAUCGUAGGAUCUUCGGGGAGCGUCGCGGUGGGAAUGCGUAUGGUGGGGACUAUUCCGAUGACCACGAUGCGGAUGAUGAGAUGAGCUCGGAACCCGCUGUGCAGCAGGUUAAUGCUCAACGAAACAUUCCUAAUGCGGUUUUGUACGGUGAUCCGCUUGUGAGUGCGAUGGUUGCGAAUACCUUCAUGGAUCGGUAUACGCAGGCUCCGUCUCCGGUCGUUGCGGAUGCGCCGCCGAACACAGAGUGUCCGAUCUGCCUAGAGCCGCAGUCAGAGACACAUGAGUGCGUACAGAUUCGCGGUGUACCGGGAUGUACGCAUCUUAUUGGGCGGUCGUGUCUGAGGCAGUGGUUCAUCAAUCGGCCAGACGACAAGAAAGACUGCCCGUUCUGUCGUACGCAGUGGGUGUCGCAGCAGGGGAUUUGGGAUAUCGAGGAUGAGCUGGUUGCAGCGCUGAGAAGGCAAUGGGAGGAACAGUCCUAA